AUGUCUGGAAAUCGACUUGUUCUCGUCACUGGUGUCAAUGGCUUUAUCGCUGCUCGCACAGUGGAGGCAUUUCUAAAGGCGGGCUACGCCGUGCGUGGAACAACAAGGACUAGGUCUUCGGCAAACGGACUUCUUGAAAGUUUGCCAGAGUACGCCGACAAGAUCGAGAUCGUGGAGUUGCCCGACAUUACGGUAGACGGCGCAUUUGACAAGGCAGUGCAAGGUGUUGAUUACAUUGCUCAUCUAGCUGCCCCGGUCUCUCAGUAUUUCAAAGAUCCGGCUCCCGUCAUGCACGGUGCCGUGAAUGGAGUUACCCAACUUCUACAAUCGGCUUACCGUGAACCGAGCGUCAAGAGUUUCGUGUUUAUGUCCUCUAUAUUAGCAAUUCUGACAUCCCAAAGACCUCACCGUUUCACUGAGGAGGACUGGAAUACUGAAUCUGAAGAAAUAGUUACCGCGAAAGGUAAGGAAGCGCCUAGUCUAGCGAUCUAUGCUGCUAGCAAGACCGCUGCUGAAAAGGCGUUCUGGAAGUUUCGCGAUGAUAAAAAACCUCACUUCACAAUGACAACAGUUAAUCCAACGUACGUUGGCGGACCCCCUCUAGUUCUUCCACCUACUCCAGAUCAACUCGGUCAGACGGUAGAAUUUGUCUGGCAUGUGUUUUCUGGAAGACCGUUCGACAAAUGCGGCGUUCCAGGAGCAUUUUACGCUUAUGUGGAUGUCCGAGACGUUGCUCGUCUUGUGGUCUUCGGUAUCGACCAUCCUGAGAAGGCAGACUCCGAACGAUUUAUCGCCGCCAAUGUAUUUGCGCCCCUACAAGCAACCGCGGACAUUUUGCGAGCUGCGUAUCCUGAGCGGAGGCGCAUCAUUCAAGAGGGUAAUCCUGGGGAGGGUUAUUUUCCUGACUAUCGCUUCCCAGACGAUGUGAUAUUUGAUGGUAGUAAGGCAGUUAGGGCUACUGGUCAAAGUUAUAUUCCGUGGGAGACAACCGUUCUAGACACAGCUAAGGCUUUUGAGAAAUAUCUGUAA